CACUACAUCAUGUGUAGCAGUUUACAUAUUGACCAGUUAUGUCUACGCAUUGCGCAGGUAGGAGUGUUAGCACAUGCGCAGAAGGGUUACGGUGUAUUAGCAAGAGUUUCAUCAACUAUCAAUCAAAUUUUAUAUAUCCAGUAAUUUUGAGAACAAUCAGAAAAGCGUGUGGAAAAAUUUAAAAUCAAAUAUGCUUAGCCUGAAAAUGACUUACUCAUCUGCAAUCGAUAGCUUCAUGCAAGUUUAUCGAUUUCUUUAAUCCAUUCAAUUUUUAGCACUAGCCACAUCCUUAGAAAUGUCAAACUAGAGAUCUAUUCUAUUGUCAAUUGUCAAAAAACCGGCGGGAAUGGCUGUGUAACGUCAAUAGGUUAUGUAUUUGUAUGCGUCCGUGUUUAUUUCAAGAAUUAACUAAAAAUGUGUGAGCUCAAUUCAGCAAACUUUACUUCUAAGCAAAUAAAGCUAAUAAGAAAGUAUUUAAAGCUCAGAAUAACGGAGGAUAACGUUACAUUUCGCGGCCACGAACAAGAAUGGAACCAUGUUUACGAUCUUAUGAAGAGAACAGUUUUACAGGGAGAAUCUCACUCCGCUUUAUUAAUUGGGCCUAGAGGCAGUGGAAAGACUACCUUAGUCAAUUCAGUUCUCCACCGGCUUGGAAAGGAAGCAGACCUGGCUAGCGACGCCAUCAUUGUGAAGCUGAACGGGCACUUACACCAUGAUGAUAAGGUGGCGCUGAAGUCUAUUACAGCUCAGAUGCAACUAGAGAACUCAGUGGGUGACCGUGUCUUCGGCACGUUCGCGGAGAACCUCUCCUUUCUCCUGUCCUGCUUGAAGAGUGCUGAUAGUCACAGCAAGAGCAUGAUCUUCCUGCUUGAGGAGUUCCACGCGUUCUGCCAUUCGGCGCGUACGCAGACACUGUUGUACAACUUGUUUGAUAUAACGCACGCAAGGCAGGCGCCUAUGUGUGUUUUAGGCAUAACCAACCGCCUAGACGUAAUGGAAACUCUAGAGAAACGCGUCAAAUCUCGUUUCUCUCACCGUCACAUAUUUAUAUUCCCCGGUGAAGGCUCCAACCCGCACGCGAGGCUCUUGGACGAGCUGGUGGAACUGCUAUCGGUGCCACUGGAGAAGGCGGAGAAAGUGAAGAAACGAGCGAGGAAGAAGAGCGUGGCAGCUGAGCCAAUGGACACUGACAGCCAAAGCAACUCUAUUCCUAUAGAAAUAUUAAACCGUUGCAAAGUAGACCCAAAGGAGUUUUCGAACCUAGACCCAGGUUUUGUGGAGGACUGGAACGCACAUGUGCUAGCUUUGAGGGGGGAGGAGAGGGUGGUGGACGCGUUUGAAAAGUUGUGCUAUUAUACCAAUAAUGAGCAGAUUUUUAAGGAUAUUUUGUUUCAAAUAGUCUGCACCUUAUCUCCAAGCAAGCCGUUCAUAGAAGCGUUAGACAUAAUAUCAACCAUAGACAGAACUGUGGCUCCGGAGCAUAAAGUAAAACUAUUACAGUCUCUGUCUAUCUUGGAGUUGUCUCUGGUCAUCGCUAUGAAGCAUGGAAUGGAUAUAUUCGACGGGCAGCCUAUGAACUUCGAGAUGGUGUUACAUAGAUACACAAAAUUUGCCGCAUCCAACUCGUCAACACAGACUGUGCCGAGACCCGUAAUUUUAAAGGCCUUCGAGCACCUCCAGGCUUUAGAACUCCUCGUCCCCGUUCGUAGUUCCGAUUACGCCUCGAACGAAACUACUGCUAGUAGAGUUCAGAAAGAAUACCAGCUGUUUACGUUGUCAGCAGAAGGGUUAAACGAGGCUGUGGCAGGGUUUAAGGCGUUGCCGACAGAGAUUAGCCAUUGGCUUAAUAGUGGGGAUCUGUAAUAGCCAUCCCUACGCUCGAGAUUCUAUUUCGUUGGCUCUGUUCAAGGUACAUAAUAGUUUGAAUCUGUAAUAGUAUUACUCGCUACGCUCGAGAUUCUAUUUCGUUGGCUAUGUUCAAGAUACAUAAUAGUGGGAAUCUGUAAAAACGAUACUCGCUACGCUCAAGUUUCCAUUUCGUUUCUCACUGUUCAAGAUACAUAAUAGUUUGAAUCUGUAAUAGUGUUACUCGCUACGCUCGAGAUUCUAUUUCUUCCCUCACUCAACAUACGAGUAUGUCAUAAAUGUCGCCUGCGGUAUUUCCGGACCGAUACGACCUUCAAACCUUCAAGAAAAGAGCGUACUCCCAUCUUAAAGGCCGGCAACGCACUUACAACCCCCCUGGUGUUGCAGGUGUCCAUGGGCGGCGGUAAUCGCUUACCAUCAGGUGAUCCGUCUGCUCGUUUGCCUCCUCUACCAUAAAAAAAAAUGUCAUAAAAAAUUGUUUAAUAAAAUCUUCAUUAGGGUUAGGAUUCUAUUUAAUAUAGUAUAUUUUUGCUAUGAUUAUUGUAUUGUUUUAUUUAUUUUAACUAUUUAUUCUGGCUAUUAUAUGUUUUGUGCUAUAUGAAAUAAAGUAUGAUCAAACACACAAA